AUGUCUAUCUCAGCACCACAGUUGACUUACAAGACUCGUAUGUCUGUCUACGAGUACUUUGGUACCGCUACCUCUUUGCCAGCCAACGAUCGCUGGUCGGCAGACAAGAUAGCGGGCGCAGACAUGACGACGGCUACUGACUCUCGCACGUCCAACUCAGCGAGCGACGUGCACAUCAGUGUCCAUUCGUGCGGGUCAAAGCUGUCUGCAAAGACGGACUAUAUCCCGCUAAAGAUGAAUCUUGUGAAUAAGAUAGACGAGGAGCAGCGGGGUGACUGUCAGAAUGAAUUCCAUCUUGAAGCAAGUCAAGAUCUCGGUUCAGAUCCUGCGACUGCAGCUUCACAGCCGAAAUACCCUGUCUGUGGAUGCGGUUCUCCCAUGAUCAACACCAACCAAAGCAACAGUGACCGCUCGCUUCCGCGCAUCAACGGCACGAUCCUUGACGAGAUCAACCAGUGGUUUGCAGAGUGGAGCCAAGGAGAGGGCUUUGAUCCUGAGGUUGACUACGAUCCACCGUGCUCGGCUGUUGUAAAGCCGGCUGAUGUAGAAGAGCUUCACGGCGAUGUUGAUGGGAUCUGUGAUGCGGAGGAUGGGGUCUGUGAUGCAUAUGAUCAGGCACGGCAGGUAGCUCCCACCGGUGGAUUCCUCGAGGGCAAAAGAUCAGAAUUCUUUGACGAUCUCUGGAAAACGCUCUCCACCGGCUCGACCGCCUCCUCCGAGCACUCUUCCUCUUCUCGCUCACGGGCGGUUCCGGGUAUCGUCGUCACCGAACCAAGUACUUGUGAUACCCUCCAGGCAGCCAGACAAACCUCCGCCGAUCAGGAAGAUGAUACCGUUCUGUUUCAUUCUGUGCGCAUACCUCGUCCUGUAACUGACUUUAGAAAUCUCGAACCUGAUAUGUUUGGCCACCGCCACGGCUCUAUCUCCUCCUCUCGCUCUGUUUCUCCUCCUCCACCAUCACCACCGCAGCAACUCCAACCAGAAAACAAAAUGUCCUCUGUCGAAGACCUCCCCUCCUCCCGCAAAUCAAAACUCGCGACCUUCUUCAACCUGCGAAAGUCGCACCCGCCGCUCGUCGACGGCAGCGAAACCAGCAGCUCGAACCAGGCCCUCAGGGUGCUGCGCGACCGACUGCAGCAGGCGCGAGCGCGCGUGCGGUCGUUGAUCGAUGUGAAGGCUGGUGAGUUUGCUGGUGCGAUUGCACGGGAUGCUGGUAGAGGGAGGGGGGGGAAAGUGACUGCUGGGAAGUGA